AUGUCACUACUUUGCUCUCAAAACUCUCAUGGAAUUUUGGCCUCAUUCGUUUCUCUUCUUGUCCUAGUUGUUUCCCUUCAAUGCCAGGUAGCUUCUUCUGCUGUGCUUUUAGGCAUGAAACAACACCAUAACAAUGUCAGCCACCAGAUGAUCCAAACCAACCAAAGUACUUGUUCAUUGUUCAUGGGUACUUGGGUCCGUGAUGAAACUGAAACAUACCCUCUUUACCAUUCUUCUAGCUGCCCAAUUAUAGACCCAGAAUUCAAUUGCCAAAUGUACGGUCGCCCUGAUUCUGGUUACCUCAAAUACCGUUGGAAACCUCUCAACUGUGAGCUCCCAAGGUUCAAUGGGGCUGAGUUUCUGCUGAAGAUGAAAGGCAAAACUGUGAUGUUUGUUGGUGACUCGUUGGGAAGGAACCAAUGGCAGUCUUUGAUUUGUAUGCUAUCUGCUGCAGCACCUCAAGCACAUACACAUUUGGUCAGGGGAGAUCCUCUCUCAGUCUUCAGAUUCUUGGACUAUGGUGUGAGCAUUUCAUUUUACAGAGCUCCUUAUUUGGUGGAGGUGGGUGUUGUCCAAGGGAACAGAAUUCUGAGGCUGGAAAAGGUAGAUGGUAAUGGUGACGCAUGGAGGAAUGCUGAUGUGCUGUCUUUUAACACAGGGCAUUGGUGGAGUCAUCAAGGUUCUCUUAAGGGGUGGGAUUAUGUAGAAUUAAGAGGCAAGUUCUACCCAGAUAUGGAUCGUUUAGCAGCUUUGGAAAGGGGUAUGAAAACAUGGGCUAAUUGGGUGGACACCAACAUUGAUAGAAGCAAAACAAGGGUGUUCUUUCAGGCAAUUUCUCCCACACACUACAAUCCAAAUGAAUGGAAAGUGGGUGGAAAAACUGUGAUGGCAACAAAGAAUUGUUAUGGUGAAACUACCCCAAUUCGUGGCACAACAUACCCUGGAGCAUAUCCUGAGCAGAUGAGGAUUGUGAAUAUGGUUAUAAGAGAAAUGAGAAACCCUGCAUAUCUUUUGGAUAUUACAAUGUUAUCAGCAUUAAGGAAGGAUGGCCACCCUUCAGUUUACAGCGGUGAAUUGAGUCCUCAGAAGAGAGCUAACCCUAACAGAGCUGAUUGCAGCCAUUGGUGUCUACCUGGAUUGCCUGAUACUUGGAAUGAACUAUUUUCUACUGCUUUAUUGUACUAA